CAGUGACGUAGUGUUACAGGAAGAAGAUUUCGCCAGCAGGCUUUUUGAUAUUUUUAGUUAUGGAGAAACCACGUGUGUCAGCCUUUGCAGUUUAUCGUACUGUAAGUACAGAGACUGCGUCGAAGAAACGGGUCAAAGAAAAGAAGAAAGAAAAUGGAAUCCAUCGUUUUAAAAAGAGCAAGCAAUCAAAGGGGAAGCAGAGCAGCUUGAACUUAAAUGGAAGGCUUUUGAAGGAAUGUCUGAUCAGACCAGGGCUUGUACAGUACAAAGCAAAGUUUAGAAAUCAUGGAGAAGCCAAGCAAGAGUGUACCAGUGGCAUUCAGCAGAGGUCAGAAGGCUGCAUGGAAGGGGAGAGUUUGAAGAUAGCUAAGGAUAAGCAGGCUGUAGUGUCUGAACAAAUGGAAUGUACAAACCAGAGGACUUUGGUGGGCCCUUUGCUUGAGACUUUAUUGGCAGAACUGGGAAAGAUUCGUAACAGCAGGGAGAGAGCUGGCAAACUCUUUGAGUGGCUUGUGCAUCCCAUUUCACCUAAAAAAUUCUUCAGCGAAAUCUGGGAAAAGAAGCCAGCAGUAAUCAGGAGACACAACCCAGACUAUUAUAAGGGAUUGUUUUCUACACUAGAGUUUGACAGGAUUUUGAGAGAUGAUAAUGUCCAGUUUGGUGAGAACCUAGAUGUCACAAGCUACAGAAAUGGAAAAAGAGAGACCCACAAUCCACAAGGGAGGGCACUGCCUUUCGCUGUUUGGGACUUCUACAAGAAUGGCUGCUCUCUGCGCAUGUUGAACCCACAGGCCUUUUCUGCCACCUUGUGGAAUGUGCUGUCCAUUCUCCAGGAACAGUUUGGGAGCAUGGCUGGAGCCAAUGUAUACUUGACUCCUGCGGGCACCCAGGGAUUUGCCCCUCACUAUGAUGACAUUGAGGCCUUUGUGGUUCAGCUAGAAGGGAAGAAGCACUGGAGGGUUUAUAAUCCAAGGACUGAAAAUGAAGUCCUUCCUCAAGUCUCCAGCCCCAACUUUAGUCAGAAUGAAAUUGGUAAGCCAAUCUUGGAAGUGGUGCUAGAGGCAGGGGACUUGCUCUAUUUCCCCCGAGGGUUCAUUCAUCAAGGGGACUGCCUGCCCAGUGCUCACUCCCUCCAUAUCACUAUAUCCUCCUACCAGAGAAGCAGCUGGGGAGACCUCAUGGAGAAGCUUCUUCCAGCUGCUUUGCAGUUGGCCGUUGAGGACGAUGUGGAGUUCAGACAAGGACUUCCUUUGGACUAUCUCAGUUACAUGGGAGUGCAACACUCUGAGAAGGCAGACGUACGCAGGAAAGAGUUCAUAGAUAAAGUGAAAGGCCUAAUGAGGAAACUGGUAGAUUUUGCACCAGUGGAUGCAGCAGUGGAUCAGAAAGCCAAAGAUUUCCUGCAUGACUGCCUUCCUCCUCUGCUUACCAAAGAGGAAAAAUCAACCAGUGUUUAUGGUGCUCCAACAAGGUGGGAGAAUGGAAACAUUCGAGAUCUAAAGCUGCACUUUAUGGGAAAAACUAAAAUCAGAUUACUUCGGCAAGGUAUUGUCAGACUAUGCAGUGAGGGAGAAGGUGUCAUUCUUUAUCACACAGUGCAUAAUUCCAGAGUAUACCACAAAGAGGAGCCAAAGAGCUUCGAAAUAGAAUCUGAGCAAGCAGAUGCCGUUGAGUUCCUCAUCCAUUCGUAUCCCAAAUUUGUCACUGUGGACAGCUUACCCUGUGACUUUUUGGAUGACAGGGUUGCCAUAGCCAAGUUGUUGUUUGAAGAGGGACUAAUUCAAACAAAAGAGCCCCUGCAGUCUUCUUGAUGAAUAACCAGAUAGAGAACACCUUGACUAAGUAAUUCCUAGAAGAAAAGCAGAUCAUUUUACUCUUAAUUUACUCUGAUGAGGAACUUGAAGGGCUUGGUGCUGCUUUUUCAGUUUAUUUUUGUUCAUAUAAUAUGUGACAGUGAUACCACCUGGCACAUCUUUUACAUAACCCUUCAUAAUGUGUUUCAUAAUAAGUCCAAUAAAACAUUUGUCCACUCUUC